GAAUGAUAUGAACGCAAGAAGGAUAAACAACUGGAUAUUACUAAAAGCACAGAGAAGUAGAAGCUUUGUGGCACCCGUUUGAUACCAGUUACAUCAAUUACCUAAUAUUCUCGGCGAUAAGUCAUAAAUGUGAUCGGGAAGUGGAACCAUUCCUGCAGUGUCCAUAACAAGUUAAUUAAAAACACGUUGAAGAUAAUGACCAGGAAUUGUUUAUAAAAUACAACACCGGAUUUAUAUUCCAGUUUUCAUUGCUCAACAAGGGCUUGGCGUCCAGGUAACACGCAAGCGCUAUAAGAAUGAUGCAUAUGUGUGUUAAUAAAUAAAAAUAAUGAUGAUAGAUGCUGAAGUUUUGUGAUAUGAUGUGAUAAGGACAAUAUAAAUAUAUGCGAGGAAGAAAAAAGAGUUGAGAUGAAGUGAAAGAGAAAUUACAAGAGCAACCUGCUGUUUGUCAAGAUCAUGGCGAGUUCUGGAAGUUCUGAAGGUGUUCCGAGGCCACCGAGUAUGCUUGAGUUGUUGCUUGAAGAGAUAAACUUCCAGAGGACCAAAGAGAUGAGGCAGCUGCUUAAAGAUGAUUCUGGGUUCGUGGUUCUUCCAGACACGACUUACUGGAUGGACCUCUUCGUCAGGUACUUUCUCUUCCAAGGCGAGCACAGAAUCGACGACGACGACCUUCUCUUCUUUGUGAGGAAGAAGCACAUCAAAACUUCAUCGCGUUAUAUGCCGAAAUUUGAAACAGAAGUUGAGGUCUUUCGGAAGGACAGCAAGAAACUACCGAUCGGAGACCCAGAUAUCGACUGGGAAGAAACUGUUUAUCUUAAUUUGGUCGUUCACCAGUUCAAUUAUACUCUCACUUUGGCGAUUUGCACUCGCACUAGCCCCAAGGAAUUGCAAGUACUAAGGAGACAUUCGCAAAAAGUGUAUGCCAGUCCAAGUCGCCGUCGCAUGGACGCCAAAGGCGACCUCGAAGAAAUGACCUACCCACAUAUAUGCUUCAUGGUUGAUAAUUUUGACGAAGUAUUCUGUGAUAUAUUAGUUAGAGAUGGAGAAAUGGUUUGUGUCGAGUUGGUAGCUUCCGAUCGCAAAGGCGCUAUUCAAGGUGUUAUUUUUCUUGGAUCUAUCAGAUAUGACGCUUUGAAGAAAGUCUAUGAUGCUCGGUCAAGCCUCAGUACAAAAAUGGCGCAACGAAUGACAUUCGGACUUUUUUCCGGAGCUUCUUCACAAAGAAUUGAAUUUGUUCGUAUGAAAGGCCCUCAAGGGAAAGGCCACGCUGAAAUGGCAGUGACGAAGCCAAAAGGUUCUGGCGCAGAAACUCCAACCUCGGAACCGGGUUACUCGGUAACCGACGCCCUCUGGGACGCCGACUGGGACGACGCGGAAGAAAUUUUCAUGUACCGCCACCAGCGCCGUCUUUCGGACCCGAGUUCUAACCUCAACAACUUUGUUCGCGGCGGCUGGAGAACCAAACCGGACGCAGCGAGCACCAAAGCUCGUUCCGAGAACGAGGGACUCGACUCUAUGGCCAACGGACUGAAUGAAAUCGAGGCUGGGGAUGUUCGAGACGCUGAGAAUCAGGCUAGCAGCUGGGGCGGCCGGGUCGCGUCCCCGGUCCGCCAGAAAGAGAAUAGAAGCCCUCGCUCCAGGCGACGUCGCUCAUCCUCAUCUAGGGACCGAAGCGACUCUUCUUCAAAGCCGAUAACUAAAGACAAAAGUUCUUCGGCUAAUUCACGUGAAAAUGAUAAACGCUCUUCUCCUAGAAGGUCUAUCGGAACUCCAAAGCGUCGACACCGUCGUCACCACAAUAUCGAAGUAGGGAGUGAGUCAGUGGUGGCAGCUUCUACCCCCGAGCAUUUGACUGAUGAUGUAAUGCAAAAACUAGACACCGGAGCGAUAUUAGUUCACGGAAAAGAAGAACUUCCUCUGGGUUACGCCAGUAAUAAUGACAAUCGCCGGAUAACGAGCUACCCUAUGGACAUUGAGCGUCGGAAUAAUCACCAAGACUUUGACGGUGAUGAGAACUUCCGCGGAGCUUCGAGACGCCAUCGCGCGCGGCGCUACUUCAGCGACGAUGAGAUUCUGGGCGCCAUUAGGAAGCACGGGCUGAUUAAUGGCCGCGAGGAGGUUAACGGAAAGACCAAUGGUGUUAAAGCCAACGGAGAUGACAGUCUCGAUAAAGAACACUUGGAGGAUCAGGAUGACAAUGACCAGAGCUGUGUUAGCGAGCCUCUCAAAGACAAAAAUGCAAAUGCUAACAUUACUAAGGUGUUUAACAGUUCGCAUAAACAGAGCGCGACUUUACCCAGAAGAAGGCGAAGACGCGCGUUGUCUGGCAGUGUUAUUGGGAAUCACCCGCUUCCACCUCAUCGGGUCACUCCAGAUGGCACCGCGAUCUACUAUUGGUGCGAGCUCCCGCGUCGCCCCGGUUCUCAGGAACUGGAUGACGGCGCCUACAAUCCGCUCUGGACAAUGCGGGGAUUCACUCAGACGUUCCACUUUUGGAAGGAAACUCGCAGAGCGCAAUCCGUUCCUCUAAAUGCAUUCCUUACAUAUAUUACUUUGCCGUGGUGGAGCAUCGCUAAAGACAUACUGGACCACAGAGAAGAUCCAAUUCUCACAUUUUAGCCACCGUCUGAUAAUUUAUUUGUUUUUCUACCAAUCUACAAACUGAAACAUAAAAUAAAUUUAUGUAUAAACUUGAUUAAUAAUAAUACACUGGAUUUGAAUGAUAAA